AUGAGCUCGCACAGUCCGACUCCUUCACGCGCUGCAGCGGCCCACCUGGUGAACACCCCUUCGUGCUCUGCUCCCAACGCUCUCGUAGCUUCUCCCUCCACGUCCUCCUCUUCGACGACGGACGAUUGCGAAUCGUUGUACCUCGUUGCGCAAUCCCUGUUGGCACAGGUGGUGACGCUCCUGGAGGAUGUUGUCGUAUCGGAUCAACAACUGAGUACGGUCAGUGAAUACGUUCCGGGGAGUACGAUUGGGAAACACCUGAGGUCAGUACAGCAGCCAGCGCUUUUUCUCCGAUGGGCUGCGAACGAGAGAGCGAGGAUGAACGUCGCUCGCGAGGACAAAGAGCAACAUCGCCGUUGUAUACGAUGUAACGCGGCACUUGGCAGUCGAAGAGCUGAUUUAUCAUCUGAUCCUGAUCCUACAGACACCUGCAUGAUCACUACCGACUCUUACUGGACUCGUUACUCGUCGCAACGCCACACGACGCGUCCUCCUCCUCGUCCUCGCCGUCCCCGGUCGAGCUCUCCUACGACGUUCGAUCGCGCAACAUCGCUUCCGAGACCUCGCACAAAGCCGCACUAGAGGCCUUCAUCCAGCUCCAACACCGUCUCGAGACCGAGACGAGGAGGGGGACCGCGAUCGAGCCCGAUCGCACGAUCUGGUUGGAGGCGGUCACACCGUUCAAGGUUCGCGUCGAGUCGAGUUGGGCCAGGGAGGUGAGUCGCUUCUCUACACAUGCUGUUUCGAUCGACCGAGAAUGCUGAUGGUGGUCAAUCGGGUUCGGGUUCGCACGCUUUUCCUCGCAGCUCUGGUUCGUGAGCUUGCAUGCGACACAUCAUUUGGCGCUCGUGAGGGUCAGUUUCCUCAUUUUCAGCCUAGAUCCAGAUCACGAUCCCACAACUUGACCCUGACUUUUGACUUUGUCUCAUUCCAGGUCGUAGCAACCGAACUGGGCCUCACCGUCCGGGACGAGUUUGGCGUGGCCCCUUCGACGCUGGUCGCACGCACCCAAAGGCACGACGACGAGACGCAGACCCGAUCCGAGGCGAAGGACAAGGUCGAACACAAGAUCAAGCGCGAUGAGCAGAAGCACGAACCGGGGAAGAGUGCCAAGAGGAGGGAGUCCAAGUUGUAG